AUGGGCUGCCGUGAGGGGACGGGAAUACGCGGAAUACGCGGUGGCGUGAGAGGAGAUGGGGCGCGGGGAGUUCACACGCUAAAACUCGUUACUCACACACUCUCGUCACUCACAUUCCGUACGUGUACGUGGCUCUUGUCGCUCCAUGCCCUCCUAGUCCUUGCCCCCACUUCCCCCACUCUUUGCGCUCGUCUUCGCCUCCCCUCGCACUUGGCAAGGCCCUCCCUUCCCCAUCCCGUCGCCCACGCUUUCUCUGAGUGUCUUCCUCGCUUUCCCAUCCCGUCGCGACGCCGCUUUCCCUUCCCGCCGCCCUCGCUUUUCCCUCCCAUCGCCAGCAUUGACCAAACUCAUCGCAUUGCUUCCAAAGACCGUCGCCCACAUUUUUCCUGCCAGGCUCCCUCGCAACCUCCCUUCCCUCCCUCCAUUCUCCUCCUUUUAUCCCUCUCCCGCCCCUCUUUUCUACUCCCAUCCAUCCAUUUUUUCCUCCCUGUGCAUUCCUCUGUUUUGCCCCUCCGCAUUUCCCCUCGAUUCGUCCUUGCACGUCCCUCCCUUUCCCCCGUGUCCUUCCAUCCAUCUCCCCACUUAUCCCUCCCUCCCAUUCCCAACUGUCCUUCCAUCCGUUUCCCCCUUGUCCAUCUCUCCAUUUUCCCAACAGUGCUUCCCUUCGUCUCCCUCCUUAUCCCUCCCUCCUUUCUCAACAAUCCCUCCUUCCGUAUCCCUCCUGGUCCCUCCCUCCCUUUCCCCCAUAUCCUGCCCUCCAUUUCCCCCCUUGUUCCUCUUUGCCUUACCCCCCUGUAUUUCCCUCCGUUUCGGGCAUUGUCCCUCCCUCCCUUUCCCCCGUGUCCUUCCCUCCAUUUCUCUUUGCCUGCCCUUCCCUUACACCCUGAUAAAAAGCGUAUGUGGGCGGCAGCAGCAGCCUUCCGGGAAGUGGUGGUUCGCACUCCCAAGACAAGGACCUCCCUCUCCGACACCAGGCCUCUCCACGCCACCAGCAGAGGCACACCGCACUCAGGCACAACAGUAGAUGGCGCCCGCCAGCAGGGGAGACUGCAGUAG